AUGCGUACCUCAACUUUGGCUUGGGCCGCCGUCACGGCCCUCAGCGCCCUCGUCAAGGCCGCUGACGUCGAGGAGUGGAAGUCGCGGUCCAUCUACCAGGUCAUGAUCGACCGUUACGCUCUCGACGAUGGUUCGUCUGACAAAGAGUGCAACGAGCUUUACAAGUUCUGCGGUGGUACCUGGAAGGGUCUCAUGAACAAGCUCGACUACAUCCAAGAUAUGGGCUUCACCGCCAUCCAGAUCAGCCCCAUCGUCAAGAACAUGGACGACGACACCGCCGUCGGUGAGGCCUACCACGGCUACUGGUCCCUCGACAACUACGCCAUCAACGAGAAGUUCGGCACCAAGCAGGACUUCGAGGACCUCGUCAAGGCCAUGCACGACCGCGACAUGUACAUCAUGGUCGACGUCGUCGUCAACAACAUGGUCCAGAAGCUCGACUCCCUGCCCCCCAAGCUCGACUACUCCAAGUUCAACCCCUUCAACGACGAGAAGUACUUCCACCCCUACUGCAACGUCACCGAGUGGGAGAACAGCACCGACUACCAGGACUGCUGGCUCUACCCCUACGGCGUCGCCCUCGCCGAUCUGGCCACCGAGUCCACGCCCGUCGUCGACGAGUUCAGCAAGUGGAUCAAGGGGCUCGUGGCCAACUACUCCAUCGACGGCCUCCGUAUCGACGCCGCCAAGCACGUCAACGAUGAGUUCCUGCCCGGCUUCGUCAACGCCUCCGGCGUCUUCGCCUUUGGUGAGAUCCUGACCGGUGCCAAGGAGGACUUCUGCCGCUACCAGACCAAGAACCUCCUCCCCGGCAUGCCCAACUACAUGGAGUACUACCCCCUCAGCACCAUCUUCUUCGGCGGUGACAUGAACGAGCUCGCCAACCUCCGCGCCGAGGCCCGCGACGGCUGCACCGACAUCUUCGCCCUCGGCUCCUUCACCGAGAACCACGACAUGCCCCGCUUCGCCAACUUCGACAAGGACCUGGCCCUCGCCAAGAACGCCCUGGCUUACAUCCUCCUCACUGACGGUAUUCCCACUGUCUACCAAGGCCAGGAGCAGCACUUCAGCGGCAACUCGACCCCCUUCAACCGCGAGCCCCUCUGGCAGUCCAAGUACGACACCACGGCGCCCCUCUACCAGCUGACCUCGACCCUCCUCCACGCCCGCAACAAGCUCCAGUCCAUGGACAACAAGUUCGCCACCACGGCCUCGGAGCAGCUCUUCGUCGAGGACACCCACCUCUGCCUCCGCAAGGGCCCCGACGGCGCCCAGGUCGUCUUCUGCAUCACCAACAAGGGCGAGAAGGGCGACACCUACCAGCUCUCCGUCGGCGGCUUCCAGCCCAACGACCAGGUCGUCGAGCUCACCACCUGCGGCACCAUGACCGCCGACGGCACCGGCAACAUCACCAUGUACAUGAAGGCCGGCCAGCCCCGCGCCGUCGUCCCCUUCGCCGCCCUCGACGAGAAGAAGCUCUGCCCCAACGGCACCACCGAGGCCAGCAAGGCCGCCGACAACCAGGACACCGGCAGCUCCUCCGCCGCCCCCGCCUCCCUCGGCGCCAGCAUCGGCAUGAUCGCCGCCUCCGUCGCCGCCGUCUCCUUUGCCCUCCUGGCCUAG